AUGUCAAAGAUGACGUGCCUAUCUGCUACAGUUCUUCUGUAUAUGCUGGUGAGAGUCUGUGGCGUGCCAGAUGUGUCCUUUGCUGAUGGGUGCCUCGGUGACACUUGUGCGGCGACGGCUCUCAUGCAGGUUCGGGUGGCCCAACGCAGUCCCAAGACCGAGGAUAGUCGUGUGCGCAGCGUCAGCAACAAGACCGUAAAUGUGCAACCAUCGCAGAGCGAAUCAGCACGUCAGAUUGUGUUCCUGCACAUUCCGAAGACCGCGGGCACUUCCUUCUUUGCAGACGCGAUGUUCAUGAUUCCAUCCAACAUGUCAUUUCUCGACAAUGGUGAGCUUUCCUUGCUGGGCACCCCACACGUGCAGAACGAGACUCGCGUGGUGAUGAUUCGGAGCCCAUUGGACCAUGUUCUGUCGCAAUUUUUGGAGUGCAAGUUUGACUGGUGGGGUAAGCGCGUCACAGCCGGCACGGACUUCCCUUUCAAACCAGGUGUUUAUGGCGGCCUUUACAACUGGGUUCGACAUUUUACGGACCUGAAGAACGAGUCCGUACAGGGUUUUCCACCCGACAGCAAGGAAUGGGCUCGUGCGGUGAGCCACAACUGCUACAAUCCCUGGAACAUGCAGAGUAGAUACCUGGCCAGCGUCUGGGACCAUUAUGUGCCCUUCGACGAGCUUCAGCCCAACAUCAAGGUCGCGAGGCAAGGGCUUCAAAGUGUCCAAGUUGUUGGUGUGCCUGAGCUCUACGUGGAAUCUCUCUGCCUGGUCCAUCUGGAAACGCACGGCCACCUGCCUGAAGGCUGUGCAUGCGGCCAGCAAGGACCGAUUGAGCAAAUCAGCACCGAGUCCCAUUACGUACCGAAUCACUCCAUCAGCGAGCUGCCAGAUGAUCUUUUAGCUGAGAUGGCGAAGCUUGUGCGGGUCGAUGCACAGAUCUACGUCGAUGCCCUCAACCGGUUCGAGCUUGCUGCACGCCAAGCGGCUGACCGCACUGGGAUCCAGAUGUUUUGUGACGAUCGCCUUGACCGUGCGUGGGCCAACGCCAACUCCUUGUUGCAAAGGCUUGGGAUGGAGAAUGCCUCCGAGCUGCAGCGAGCGUGGAAUCACGUGCGUGUCGAGAUAGUGGCAACUGCCACGAGGGAGGCAUCAGGCGAUCAGUCUCCGCGCAGAAGCUGA